GCUAUAUCUAGUCAGCACCGGCCGGCGCUGCGGCCCGGGUAGUACACGGCAGUAGCGAAACGGUGGGUAGCUCUAGCUCGAGCAGGCAGCCAUCCCUGGCGCCGGAACGGAGCACACACAUCGAUCGCUAGCUGUAAGUGUCCUCUCUGUCCCUGAGAUGGCGGGAGCGAAGGUGUACUCGUUCCAGGAGGUGGGGAAGCACAACGACCGCAAGGAUUGCUGGCUCAUCAUCGCCGGCAAGGUGUACGACGUCACGCCGUUCAUGGAGGAGCACCCCGGCGGCGACGAGGUCCUGCUGGCGUGCACAGGCAAGGACGCGACGGCCGACUACGUGGACAUCGGCCACAGCGAGUCCGCCAAGGAGCUCAUGGCGCAGUACUGCAUCGGCGAGGUCGACGCGGCCACCGUCCCGGCCAAGCUCACCUACACCUACCCCAGCGACGCGAGCCUCGAGAAGCCGUCGACGGGCUCGGGCGCCUGGGCCACGACGCUCCUGCAGGUCGCCGCGCCCCUCCUGCUGCUGGCGCUGGCCUUGGGGGUGCAGACCUACGGCAAGGUCAAGGCAGAGUAGACGGCGAGCACGAGAUGCCGUCGUUGAUUCCGCGGGGCCGCAUCGCUGCAGCCUCUUGGAAGCAUCUGGGAGUUAGUUGAUGUGUUUGCUUGUGACGAUGUGGUCCACCUCAACUGCUGCGUAUGCUAAAUUUAAGAAUUCCUGGAUACUGUGACGAAGUAUAUGUAUGUCGAACAGGGUGUGUACUGCUAAUCACGUUUUCGUGGUUUCUAAAAAAUAAUCUGAAUUUUGUUUUCGGGGUAA